UCGUAGCCGGGGAACUAAAAUCUGUUGCACCAAUAGAUGCGUGUUGAACUUGACGUCUUGUAAUAUGUUGUUGAAGGGUGUACGUGCACAUGCCUGCAUAAUUUGAGCCAGGUGAAACAUACCUGUCUUGUGCCGCAUUUCACAUAUACCUCUUGGAUUAUGCUAUUACCAUUCCUUCUCCGUGGGGGCACCGCAAAGCACUACGUACAGCAAGCGCUUUCUAGCUCUCAGCUAUGCAUUACGUGUUGCAACAUCAGACGACUCUCUACAUCCAGUGGACAACUCUUCCUCAGAAGGACCCCUCAACGAUUCCUCAACCAGUCACGAGGGGCUAAAACUCACAAAAGGAAACAUCAGAACCAGGAAGAUGACUGGAAGAAAAGGAACAAGACUGUCCUCACCUACAUCGCGGCUGCCGGAGUGGGAAUGAUUGGCCUGUCAUAUGCUGCCGUUCCGCUGUACAGACUGUACUGUCAAGCAACAGGGCUGGGAGGCACAGCUGUAGCAGGACAUAACACAGAUCAAGUGGAGACAAUGAAGCCAGUCAGGGAUCGUAUUAUUAAAGUGACCUUUAAUGCAGACACACACGCCAGCAUACAAUGGAACUUCCGCCCGCAGCAGUCAGAAAUUUAUGUCGUACCAGGAGAAACUGCACUGGCUUUUUAUAAGGCACGAAAUCCCACGAACAAACCAGUGAUCGGCAUUUCCACCUACAAUGUUGUACCUUUUGAGGCCGGACAAUAUUUUAACAAGAUACAGUGUUUCUGUUUUGAGGAACAGAGGUUAAACCCACAUGAGGAAGUAGACAUGCCUGUUUUCUUCUACAUUGAUCCAGAGUUUGAUGACGACCCCAGGAUGGCACGAGUUAAUACUAUUACACUCUCAUAUACCUUUUUUGAAGCCAAGGAGGGACAGCAGUUACCUGUCCCUGGGUAUAGCUAAAUAUUUAUUACUCAGAGAAUAUUCAUCGGAAUUAUCUUCAGGAGAGUUUGUUUAGUAAUCAUUUUGGUAAUGAUUACUGUAUAUGUUGUCACAUUUCACUUAAAUGUCUGUUUAGAUUGAAUCAAAUAAUUAUAAAAACUGAACAGUGAUGAAAAAUGAUCAUCUGUCAAUUCUGUUUAAGUUAAUAAAUCAUAAGUCAUUGUUUUUUUUAUACACCAUAAGAUAAAAAAUUAUUUUGAUAUUAAACUACUGAGCUGUGUAUGCAAAAUUUGUGAAAAUCUGCCAGUAUUUGUGAGGAUAGUCAGAAAUGAGCUUGUUGAGCUUACUUAUGAACACUAGAGGGCAACGUUUGUGCAUUUUUAUUAUUGUUCUUUGAUGUA